GCCGCACCUGGCGCUCUCCGCUCCCAGCCUCCCCCUACGCCGCGAGUUGCGCCUGGAGCCGCAGCGGGAGCGCGAUCCCCCCCCGCCCCGGGAGGAGCCGCAGAGGAGCCGGCACCCGCUGUGGGAGGCGCGGUGACGGCGGCCGAAGCAACCUUGAGAGGCGAGCGGAGCCGUCAUGGCCGAGUUCCCGUCUAAAGUGAGCACGCGGACCAGCAGCCCCGCGCAAGGAGGCGCCGCGGUCUCCGCGCUGCGCCCGGACCUGGGCUUCGUGCGCUCCAGCCUUGGGGCGCUCAUGCUGCUGCAACUGGUGCUGGGGCUGCUGGUGUGGGCCCUGAUCGCCGACACCCCGUACCACCUGUACCCGGCCUAUGGCUGGGUGAUGUUCGUCGCUGUCUUCCUCUGGCUGGUGACAAUCGUCUUCUUCAUCCUCUACCUGUUUCAGCUGCACAUGAAGCUGUACAUGGUGCCCUGGCCGCUGGUGUUGAUGAUAUUUAACAUGGGCGCCACCCUUCUCUACAUCACGGCCUUCAUCACCUGCAGCGCUUCAGUUGAGCUGACGUCCCUGAAGGGCACCCGGCGGUACAACCAGCAGGCAGCUGCCUCUUUCUUUUCCUGUUUAGUGAUGAUUGCCUAUGGAGUGAGUGCUUUCUUCAGCUUCCAGGCCUGGCGAGGAGUAGGCAGCAAUGCAGCCACCAGUCAGAUGGCUGGUGGCUAUGCCUAAGCCACCUGUGCCAUGGGCCACCUUGGGGUUGAAGGCUGCAGCUGGGUCCCAGUGCCUGAGCCCUGCAUGGAGUCAGCCCGAAAGGGCCUAUACUUGCUCCUCUCUGCUCAUCCGACACCUUAGGCUCACCUGACACUCCCAAGGAAUUGGGAUCCUUCCUUCAGCACGUGCGCUGGCUGGAGAGAAGCCAACAGCCAAGACCUCUUCUUCAUCCUCCAGAUUCAGCAGGUGAUGGGGGAGACGGGACACUCUUGCUUUUGUCUUUAGGACUCUGGGGUCCGAGGCCGGGACCCAGCCUUCUCCCUGGCACUAAAUAACUAACAAUGACUCCAGACCUGCAGCCUCUGACCCACCACAGAAUAAGCCUAACAAGCAGCACGUAUUUAUCUUUAUCUUAGUUUUUGUUCUGGGAGAGCUGAGCACAACUCCCCAAGCCAUUCUGAUUCCUGAAAAUGUAAUUCUGGCCUGACUCCUUCCCCCAGAGCAACAUGUUACUUGUAGAAACGUGUAGAAAGAGGGUUCUGAUUCUCACAGUGCAGCCUUCCUUCCCUGCCUUUCAAACAGGCCAGUUACUUAAAGCAAUUGCUCAAUGAUGAAAAACUUCUCCAUGUUUCCCUCCCUUUCCCAAGACCUCGUUUGUAAUGUUCCCCUGGUGAGAAGCUAACGUCAGUGCUGCCACCUCCCUGACACUGCUGACUGCCCGCGGGGACGUGAGCGUGGCCAGGAGGGAGGGAGGGAGAGCAACGUCUUGCCUGUGAGUUGUCCUGUGCUUGGUGGGGACUCUGUUGGUUUUUUUGUUUUGUUUUGUUUUUUACAAAAAUAAAGAUGAAAGAACUUAUUUGGAAAAGAUGUUGGGGAA